AUGUCUGCUUUAAAUGUAAAGUCCAACAAACCAAGAACCGACUACAGAAUUAUCCAAACGUGGUACCGCUUAGCCAAAUACCUGGCCUUCACUCCAAUAGACGAUGGAAAAGGUUCCCCUACAACCUUGGGCGCCGCACAAACAGGUGAUUUUAUUUUCUUCGAUGGGGAAUUUGUAGUCAUAAGUAAUUUCCUCGUUUACAGCUAUUGGUUGUUUGGAGUAUAUCACAAUUUUCUUACGGGAUUCUAUGGUGAUUACCUUGGCGUAGCAGUUCGGCUAAUGGAGAGAAAAAAUCAAGAUAUUAAAUUGCAAAAAAUUAUAAAUACAAUACAAAAAAUUACUAAAAGUGAUAAACAAAGUCAGCUACCAGUGCAUUAUAGACAGAUUAUACCGACUUCCCGGGAAAUUCCGGAAAAACAACAAACUGGAAUUCUAACCUCAAAAUACACACCCACGGCCUUCCAAAAAAAGCGGAAAAAAUGGGGAAAACCGGCUGCAACUGGGUCAGGUGCGAAAAAGGGCGAGAAAAGCGAAGCCCCAAACAAAAAAAACCCGGCCAAAAAGGCAUACAUCUGUCCUAAAUGUGAGCAUAAUAUAUCAAAGGCGCAAUACAGCAUUAUAUGUGGACAAUGCCAAGAAUACUACCACAAAAGCUGUUCUAAACUGACUGCUAUAGAGUUUGCAGCCUACGAAAAAAAUGAAACGGAUAGUCCAUGGAUAUGUAUGCAGUGUGUUGAGAACAAUUAUCAAUCUGAGACAGAGCAGAGCACAGAUUCCGAAGCUGAAAAAAUUACCCAUGUUGUCAACAAGCGUUUAAGCCAACUUUUCUCUAAAAAUGAUGCAACUUCAGGUCUUGGUAAGCAAAACAAUAUUACAAUAAGGAGACCAAGUCAAGUCAGUGUCCCAAAAAAGAUCAAUAAUAGUCAGGGACCCACCAACUCAGGUCCUUCUAUUGAUGAAAUAUUGAAAAUCUUUAAUGAUAGAUUUGAGCAAUUUGAGACCUCAUUAAAUUUUAAGUGGGAUCUAGUAGAGGACAUUAAUAAGUCCAUAAAGGAAAUGCAGAAUGAAUAUAAACAGCUUAAAAGAGAAAAUGAGGUCAUGAAGAGAAAAAUUGGAGACUUAGAGAAAAAAGUUGAGCUUCUGAAUUACAAACAGGAUAAAGAGCAAAUCCAAGCAAAGAAAAAAAACUUGGUCAUAACAGGACCUUACGUAACAAAGGACACAGCUAAGGAAAGUGUCUUAGAGAUAUUCACUAAAAUCAACUCGCCAUUACAGGCAAGUGAUGUCAAGGUUAACUUGUUUCCUAGUAAAUCAGAAGAUAGACCAAUAAUUUUGGUAGAACUCCCAGAUGAGGAUACCCGAAAUAGAAUUUUAGAGGCAAAAAAAGAAAUAGAAAACCUUGAUACCGAAUUGUGUAGUACUACUUCAAGCCGUGGACAACGAAAAAGAAAAAUUUUUAUCUCAGAGGACCUUGAUAAAAACACAAGAAAUCUACUAAUGGAGGCACAAGAAACUGAAAAAGGACCAUAA